ACUCCCACCCGAUCAUUUAUUUAACAGAUCACAAUAAUGUUUUAUGUGAUAGUUAUAGUUGAGGGUUGACCUGACAUAAAAAUUUCCUUGUAAUUUGAUUUUGUUCUUUGUUUUUCUUUUAAAAAAUCUGCAUUUUAAAUUAUUGAAUAGUGGUUGCACUAUUUAACAGCAUGGAUGAGCCACUUGUGUGCCCACUGUGCUUAUUUUAUGAGCCAGAGGUUUUUGGGGAUUACUUCGUAGUUGCCAAAUGUGGACAUCUCUUUCAUAAUCAAUGCAUUAUGAAAAUCCUGGCAAGAAAAAUUUAUCAAUGUCCUCUGAGCUGCAAGUUCCCGAUAGAACCAGAUAAUUUACAACGCGUGUAUGGGGUCAGUCCUAGCUCGUUGCCAAGUUCAAGAAGAGCUUCAGAUGUGGAUUUACCCUCAGUCUUCAGUAAUCCCAACGGAAUUCCCAACGUAGAUCAUACUUUUAAAGUAGCCCUUCUUGGACAGCCAGGAGUAGGCAAGACUUGCAUUAUUCGACGAUUUGCUGACAAUUCAUACAACGAAAAUGUAAGCUUAACUCCAGGACUUGAUUUGGUGAGAAAAUUAGUGAAUAUCGGAGGAACGGUCUCUCAAUUGAUUGUGUGGGAUACGGCUGGCCAGGAAACCUACCGCUCGAUUAUACCGGCGUGUGUGCGAGGGGUUCAGGGGAUCAUGUUUGUGUACGAUAUAACGUCAAUUGAAUCAUUCGAGGCUAUAUCAAAUUGGAUGGAGUUUGCCAAUAAAAAUGGGCCACCAAACUGUGUCAAAGUUCUCGUCGGGAACAAAUGUGACCAGGAGAACAAUCGAGUGGUGGAUUAUCGUUGUGGGAAAGUAAUGGCAGACGUCAUGAAGACUUCAUUUUUCGAAACCUCUGCAAAGGAUACAUCAAACGUGGAAAACGUAUUCCGCGCCAUCACAGCAAAAAUAUUGGAGGAGGAAUGGAUGCUUCCGAACGACAACGCCUGGCAGCAAAAUUCCAUUUGCUUGCACGAUUAUCAGGACAAUUUCGACUUUACCAACUCGAAAACCAAUAUCCGGAUUGGUUCAAGACGACAGUCCAAUAAUAAUGAUGGACGUCAACGCCAAACCGACGGAUGUUUUGGGAGAAAGCUUUGCCUAAUUUAAUAACCAUUUGUUGACAUUUCUUUAAUUCCCCAUUGCAUUUUGGCCGUAAUUACAUAUAUUCGUGCUUAUCGUAACCUACAUACGGCAUAUUACAUACGGAAUUCAAUGUCUGAUUCAUUUAUUGGAUUCUAUUUUGAUAAGUUUUUGUGAUUUAAAGCACAAAAUAAAUCAUUUUAGACUAAAAUCACAAACGA